AAGUUGAGGUAGGAUGUGCAUCCUUUCCCCACGACUGAAAGCCCACCUUUGCCUUCUGUGAGUGCCCGUCAUGGCCACAAGGAUCCCCGGGGCCACGUCAGUGUCAGCGUGUCGAUGGGGCCGCGGAGGACCACAUGCGAGGGGACAUCAAUGCCGGAGAAGCUGAAUUUGAGGAUGGAGCAAGGUGAAGCCUUGGAGAGCCCCCAGCAACUGCACUGAACACCAUGGAGCUCAUUUUCCGAAGAAAGCGGCUCGGUCUGCUGAAGCCCCUUCUCAGCCUCUCUCUGUUCUUCGCCUCGCUCCUCAUGAUCCACAAGCUCAGACUCCCCGAGAAGGACGCCACGGGGACGUAUAGGAGACACAUCGGCUGGUGCGGAGACUGCUUUUCAUUCAAGAAGACCGCCGCCAAGCAGUCUUGGGUGAACCGCACAACGCUCCGAGGAGUCUCCAACCGGACCGGCCCUUUCUGGAACGCGCAGGUGCUCAACUGCAGCGAGGACGCCACGGUGAGGACCAAGGACUGGUUUCGGAGGUUGGACUCACGGUUUCACCAGUUCGUCCUGCACCGGCACUGCAGGUACUUCCCGAUGCUCAUCAACCACCCGGAGAAGUGCUCAAAUGGCGGGGUGCACCUCCUCAUGGUGGUCAAGUCUGUAAUCGAGCAGCACGACCGGCGCGAGGCGGUGCGUAAGACCUGGGGCAAGGAACACGCUGUCGACGGCAAGAGCAUAAAGACCCUCUUUCUUUUGGGGAGCCCCGCUGUAGGCAAAGACAGUAAGAACCUACAGAAACUGAUCGAGUACGAGGACCGCAUCUACGGGGACAUCCUGCAGUGGGACUUCAUGGACACGUUCUUCAACUUGACCCUGAAGGAGGUCAACUUUCUUAAAUGGUUCAACAUCUACUGCCCAGGAGUCCAGUUUAUAUUCAAAGGAGACGAUGACGUGUUUGUGAACACCAACAACCUGCUGGACCUCAUCGGCUUCAAGGUGGAGGAGCACAAGGAGACCACUUUGUUUAUGGGGGACACCAUCUCCAAAGCCAUACCCAUCAGGAACAGACAGAGCAAAUACUUCAUCCCCAAGGAGCUCUAUGAUAAGCCCUACCCUCCCUACGUAGGAGGAGGCGGAUUCCUCAUGUCCUCCCAGCUGGCCAGGAGGCUCUUUGUGGUCUCCGAAGACCUGGAGCUGUAUCCCAUAGACGACGUAUUCUUGGGCAUGUGUCUUCAGAGACUGCGCCUGAGCCCGGAGAUGCACUUGGGCUUCAGAACCUUCGGCAUCACCAGGCGCAGGGUGAGCCCCAUGAACAGCGAGCCGUGCUUUUACAAGAACCUGGUGGUGGUGCACAAACUGAACGCAGAGGAGCUCGUCAAGAUGUGGAGGCUGGUGCAUGACGAGGAGCUGGUUUGUGCUCAAAGGACGUCUGUAUGACUCAAAUAGAAGUCAUGCGAAUAUAAGCUGAGAGGGCUUGGUUAUGAAUGAAUAAGUGAGGUUCUCCUCAGUGCCUUUUGGGAAACCACUACCAUACAAGGUCUACAGUGUCCAUAUCUCAGUGCCUUCAAAUAUGAGCCUCAGUGUGCAAGCCUGAAAGCCAAACCAUCAAUAAUACUGUAUCUGUGAAGGUUCUCAUUCAUCCAGGUCUUUGUCAUCUCAGGGCGUUCAAUCGUUCGUAACUGGACUGCUUGGUUUCUCUACUCAUCCGAGUAGGCUUCAUAAGUUCAUGCUCAUAGACUCAUAGAUUGCUCGUUGGCAUUAAAACAGUUUUUUUUUCUCACUACGAUAGGGAGAAACCAUGCUUGCCCAGGCACACCCUCCUGGUUUCUGGAGUAUGAAUAUUUGGGGUUUUGGCACCAACCGUUGGACUUGAUCUGACCAAUCUAAGUCUAUGAGCACGGACUGAUGAAGCCUACUCGGAUGAGCGGCGAAUGGUCUUCCAAACUAAAGUAAGUAAAGUAAAUUUUACUCAUAAGGCGUUUUUCACAGAUAAAAUCAAAAAGCGCUUUACAAAACAACAAUUCAAUUAAAACAACAGGGGCAAGAUCAUAAAAAGGAUACAUCCAUCCAUCCAUUUUUUACCGCUUAUUCCCUUUUGGGGUGGCGGGGGGCGCUGGCGCCUAUCUCAGCUACAAUCGGGCGGUAGGCGGUGUGCACCCUGGACAAGUCGCCACCUCAUCGCAGGGCCAACACAGAUAGACAACAUUCACACUCACAUUCACACACUAGGGCCAAUUUAGAAAAGGAUACAAAGUGGAUUAAAAAUGAAAAAAGGUGCAUUAACUAAAAGCUUUAAUAAAAAAAGAAAAGUUUUCAAAUGUUUCUUAAAAGUUUCAACACAGUCAAGGUCACGGAGGGACUGGUGCAAAUUGUUCCAGAGUCUGGGAGAUGUAGCUUGGAAUGCCAGGUGUCUACAGGUUUUACGAACGAGCUUUUGGGAUCUUUAGAAGACCCUGGCCUGAAGACCGGAGGCUGCGCCCUGAAGAGUAGGGGCAUAGCAAAUCAGAGGUGUACUGAGGGGCCCCACCUUGCAAUGCACGGCAUGUCAUGACCCCGACUUAAACAAGUUGAAAAACCUAUUGGGGUGUUACCAUUUAGUGGUCAAUUGUACGGAAUAUGUACUGAACUGUGCAAUCUACUAAUAAAAGUAUCAAUCAAUCAAUCAGUUAGGACUAAAAUGUUAUACUCAAUGCGGAAUUUAACCGGAAGCCAUUGAAGACUGAAUAGAACAGGGGUGAUAUGGGCUGUCAAAAGUCUGGUAGCUGAAUUUUGUUGAAGUCUCUUUAGUGUUGACUUGUUGAAGAGAGUGAAAAGAGAAUUCCACUAGUCAAUGCCAGACAAAAUGAACGUGUGAAUGAUCAGUUCCAGAUCCAAUUUUGACAACAAAAUUUCUCACUUCCAAGACAAACCAAGCAACCUACCAUGAAUUGAUUAACGUGGACCCCGACUUAAAUAAGUUGAAAAACCUAUUGGGGUGUUACCAUUUAGUGGUCAAUUGUACGGAAUAUGUACUGAACUGUGCAAUCUACUAAUAAAAGUAUCAAUCAAUCAAUCAGUUAGGACUAAAAUGUUAUACUCAAUGCGGAAUUUAACCGGAAGCCAUUGAAGACUGAAUAGAACAGGGGUGAUAUGGGCUGUCAAAAGUCUGGUAGCUGAAUUUUGUUGAAGUCUCUUUAGUGUUGACUUGUUGAAGAGAGUGAAAAGAGAAUUGCAGUAAUCAAUGCCAGACAAAAUGAACGUGUGAAUGAUCAGUUCCAGAUCCAAUUUUGACAACAAAAUUUUCACUUCCAAGACAAACCAAGCAACCUACCAUGAAUUGAUUUUCGAGGACCCCAACUUAAAUAAGUUGAAAAACUUAUUCAGGUGUUACCAUUUAGUGGUCAAUUGUACGGAAUAUGUACUGUACUGUGCAAUCUACUAAUAAAAGUAUCAAUCAAUCACUCAGGACUAAAAUGUUAUACUCAAUGCGGAAUUUAACCGGAAGCCAAUGAAGACUGAAUAGAACAGGUGAUGUAGGCUGUCAAAAGUCUGGCAGCUGCAUUUUGUACAGUCUGAAGUCUCUUUAGUGUUGACUUGUUGAAGAGAGUGAAAAGAGAAUUGCAGUAGUCAAUGCCAGACAAAAUGAACGUGUGAAUGAUCAAUUCCAGAUCCAAUUUUGACAACAAAUUUCUCACUUCCAAGACAAACCAAGCAACUUACCAUGAAUUGAUUUACGUGGACCCCGACUUAAAUAAGUUGAAAUACUUAUUCAGGUGCAACCAUUUAGUGGUCAAUUGUACGGAAUAUGUACUGUACUGUGCAAUCUAAUAAUAAAAGUAUCAAUCAAUCAAUCAAUCAGGACUAAAAUGUUAAACUCAAUGCGGAAUUUAACUGGAAGCCAUUGAAAACUGGAUAGAACGGGGUUGAUAUGGGCUGUCAAAAGUCUGGCAGCUGCAUUUUGUACAGUCUGAAGUCUCUUUAGUGUUGACUUGUUGAAGAGAGUGAAAAGAGAAUUGCAGUAGUCAAUGCCAGACAAAAUGAACGUGUGAAUGAUCAGUUCCAGAUCCAAUUUAGACAACAACAUUUCUCACUUCCAAGACAAACCAAGCAACCUACCAUGAAUUGAUUUACGUGGACCCCGACUUAAACAAGUUGAAAAACGUAUUCGGGUGUUACCAUUUAGUGGUCAAUUGUACGGAAUAUGUACUGUACUGUGCAAUCUAAUAAUAAAAGUAUCAAUCAAUCAAUCAGUCAGGACUAAAAUGUUAAACUCAAUGCGGAAUUUAACCGGAAGCCAAUGAAGACUGGAUAGAACGGGGGUGAUAUGGGCUGUCAAAAGUCUGGCAGCUGCAUUUUUUUACAGUCUGAAGUCUCUUUAGCGUUGACUUGUUGAAGAGAGUGAAAAGAGAAUUGCAGUAAUCAAUGCCAGACAAAAUGAACGUGUGAAUGAUCAGUUCCAGAUCCAAUUUUGACAACAAAAUUUUCUCUUCCAAGACAAACCAAGCAACCUACCAUGAAUUGAUUUUCGAGGACCCCAACUUAAAUAAGUUGAAAAACUUAUUCAGGUGUUACCAUUUAGUGGUCAAUUGUACGGAAUAUGUACUGUACUGUGCAAUCUACUAAUAAAAGUUUCAAUCAAUCACUCAGGACUAAAAUGUUAUACUCAAUGCGGAUUUUAACCGGAAGCCAAUGAAAACUGGAUAGAACGGGGGUGAUGUGGGAUGUCAAAAGUCUGGCAGCUGCAUUUUGUACAGUCUGAAGUCUCUUUAGUGUUGACUUGUUGAAGAGAGUGAAAAGAGAAUUGCAGUAGUCAAUGCCAGACAAAAUGAACGUGUGAAUGAUCAGUUCCAGAUCCAAUUUUGACAACAAAUUUCUCACUUCCAAGACAAACCAAGCAACUUACCAUGAAUUGAUUUACGUGGACCCCGACUUAAAUAAGUUGAAAUACUUAUUCAGGUGCAACCAUUUAGUGGUCAAUUGUACGGAAUAUGUAAUGUAUUGUGCAAUCUACUAAUAAAAGUUUCAAUCAAUCAAUCAGUCAGGACUAAAAUGUUAUACUCAAUGCGGAAUUUAACUGGAAGCCAUUGAAAACUGGAUAGAACGGGGUUGAUAUGGGCUGUCAAAAGUCUGGCAGCUGCAUUUUGUACAGUCUGAAGUCUCUUUAGUGUUGACUUGUUGAAGAGAGUGAAAAUAAAAUUGCAGUAGUCAAUGCCAGACAAAAUGAACGUGUGAAUGAUCAGUUCCAGAUCCAAUUUAGACAACAACAUUUCUCACUUCCAAGACAAACCAAGCAACCUACCAUGAAUUGAUUUACGUGGACCCCGACUUAAACAAGUUGAAAAACGUAUUCGGGUGUUACCAUUUAGUGGUCAAUUGUACGGAAUAUGUACUGUACUGCGCAAUCUACUAAUAAAAGUAUCAAUCAAUCAAUCAAUCAGGACUAAAAUGUUAAACUCAAUGCGGAAUUUAACCGGAAGCCAAUGAAGACUGGAUAGAACGGGGGUGAUAUGGGCUGUCAAAAGUCUGGCAGCUGCAUUUUUUUACAGUCUGAAGUCUCUUUAGCGUUGACUUGUUGAAGAGAGUGAAAAGAGAAUUGCAGUAAUCAAUGCCAGACAAAAUGAACGUGUGAAUGAUCAGUUCCAGAUCCAAUUUUGACAACAAAAUUUUCACUUCCAAGACAAACCAAGCAACCUACCAUGAAUUGAUUAACGUGGACCCCGACUUAAACAAGUUGAAAAACUUAUUUAGGUGCAACCAUUUAGUGGUCAAUUGUACGGAAUAUGUACUGUACUGUGCAAUCUACUAAUAAAAGUAUCAAUCAAUCAGGACUAAAAUAUUAAACUCAAUGCGGAAUUUAACCGGAAGCCAAUGAAAACUGGAUAGAACGGGGGUGAUAUGGGCUGUCAAAAGUCUGGCAGCUGCAUUUUGUACAGUCUGAAGUCUCUUUAGUGUUGACUUGUUGAAGAGAGUGAAAAGAGAAUUGCAGUAGUCAAUGCCAGACAAAAUGAACGUGUGAAUGAUCAGUUCCAGAUCCUAUUUUGACAACAAAAUUUUCACUUCCAAGACAAACCAAGCAACCUACCAUGAAUUGAUUAACGUGGACCCCGACUUAAACAAGUUGAAAAACUUAACCGGGUGUUACCAUUUAGUGGUCAAUUGUACGGAAUAUGUACUGUACUGUGCAAUCUACUAAUAAAAGUAUCAAUCAAUCAAUCAAUCAGUUAGGACUAAAAUGUUAUACCCAAUGAAGACUGGAUAGAACGGGGGUGAUGUGGGCUGUCAAAGGUCUGGCAGCAGCAUUUUGUACAGUCUGAAGUCUCUUUUAGCGUUGACUUGUUGAAGAGAAUCAAAAGAGAAUUCCACUAGUCAAUGCCAGACAAAAUUAAUGUGUGAAUGAUCAGUUCCAGAUCCAAUUUUGACAACAAAUUUCUCACUUCCAAGACAAACCAAGCAACUUACCAUGAAUUGAUUAACGUGGACUCCGACUUAAACAAGUUGAAAAAUGUAUUCGGGUGUUACCAUUUAGUGGUCAAUUGUACGGAAUAUGUACUGAACUGUGCAAUCUACUAAUAAAAGUAUCAAUCAAUCAAUCAGUUAGGACUAAAAUGUUAUACUCAAUGCGGAAUUUAACCGGAAGCCAUUGAAAACUGGAUAGAACGGGGGUGAUAUGGGCUGUCAAAAGUCUGGCAGCUGCAUUUUGUACAGUCUGAAGUCUCUUUAGCGUUGACUUGUUGAAAAGAAUCAAAAGAGAAUUCCACUAGUCAAUGCGAGACAAAAUUAAUGUGUGAAUGAUCAGUUCCAGAACCAAUUUUGACAACAAAUUUCUCACUUCCAAGACAAACCAAGCAACCUACCAUGAAUUGAUUAACGUGGACCCCGACUUAAAUAAGUUGAAAAACUUAUUCAGGUGUUACCAUUUAGUGGUCAAUUGUACGGAAUAUGUACUGUACAGUGCAAUCUACUAAUAAAAGUUUCAAUCAAUCAAUCAAUCAGUCAGGACUAAAAUGUUAUACUCAAUGCGGAAUUUAACCGGAAGCCAAUGAAAACUGGAUAGAACGGGGUUGAUAUGGGCUGUCAAAAGUCUGGCAGCUGCAUUUUGUACAGUCUGAAGUCUCUUUAGUGUUGACUUGUUGAAGAGAGUCACAAGAGAAUUGCAGUAGUCAAUGCCAGACAAAAUGAACGUGUGAAUGAUCAGUUCCAGAUCCAAUUUUGACAACAAAUUUCUCAAUUCCAAGACAAACCAAGCAACCUACCAUGAAUUGAUUAACGUGGACCCCGACUUAAACAAGUUGAAAAACUUAUUGGGGUGUUACCAUUUAGUGGUCAAUUGUACGGAAUAUGUACUGAACUGUGCAAUCUACUAAUAAAAGUAUCAAUCAAUCAAUCAGUUAGGACUAAAAUAUUAAACUCAAUGCGGAAUUUAACCGGAAGCCAUUGAAGACUGAAUAGAACAGGGGUGAUAUGGGCUGUCAAAAGUCUGGCAGCUGCAUUUUGUUGAAGUCUCUUUAGUGUUGACUUGUUGAAGAGAGUGAAAAGAGAAUUCCACUAGUCAAUGCCAGACAAAAUGAACGUGUGAAUGAUCAGUUCCAGAUCCAAUUUUGACAACAAAUUUCUCACUUCCAAGACAAACCAAGCAACCUACCAUGAAUUGAUUAACGUGGACCCCGACUUAAAUUAGUUGAAGAACUUAUUCGGGUGUUACCAUUUAGUGGUCAAUUGUACGGAAUAUGUACUGUACUGUGCAAUCUACUAAUAAAAGUUUCAAUCAAUCAAUCAAUCAGUCCAGUUUCGAACGGUUGAACGCCCUGAGAUAAAACUGUAUAUCUUGCUGAGAGCCUGUGUCCUCUGCAGUGGACGUUUGAGGUCAUAGGGCUAUCCUUUCCACACCAAAAACAUGUGUAACUGCACGGUUAAAAAUAUUUGUAUUUAUUUAAUCAGAGUGACUAUUGUCAAGUUGACAGAACAAAUUGCUCAUCACAACUAAGUAAAAAGAGUUAUGGCAACCGAAAAUACAACAAAGCGUGGAAAGUCAUUAAAAACUCACAAUACAUGAAAUGAUUAACGUGGACUCCGACUUAAACAAGUUGAAAAACGUAUUGGGGUGUUACCAUUUAGUGGUCAAUUGUACGGAAUAUGUACUGUA